AUGGCCGCAACAGAACCGGCACCAAGCUAUUUGGACGAGAAGCCAGUGGCUCCGGACGCUGACCUUGCUCCCGCUUCUGCAUCUACCUCGACAAAGUCCCGCGCUGAAUCUCUGGCGAAGAAGGGUGAAAUGCUGUGGGAAAAGAUCCAGGAGACAGCCAGCGCGUUUGUCUAUUUACAAGCGUCUCUUUCCGGCAGAGCCAAGUGCCGUGCUGGGGAGGACUGCCUCCACUUUGAACCUGACAUGAAGCAGACUAACAAAAUCAAGGAUGAGUACCGGAUUUGUGUUUAUGGUACCAAUCUUUUUCCAUACGGCAAUGGGGUCCUCUCGAAGUACUAUUAUCACGUCCCCUGCUUUCGCUCCAUGAUCAGUCAGCAGGAUCUUUUCGAUUCCGGCAAGUUUCGUCUGAGUGACGGAAAAUGGGGACUGAUGGUACGGAAAUGGUACGAACAUCAAGGCUGCGUGGAUGUGGACAAAAUAUCGGCUUAUGUUCGAGCCUGUAAGGCUCACAUAGCAGAGCUGGAGAAGGGCGAGACUCAGAAGGUCUUCCACCCUGGUAUGUACCCUACUCUAGGGGAUUACACAUUGGAUGCCGCAUCUCAAGAGUUGGAGCAUAUUCUGAGCCAUGACGAUUGCAUGGAGGUUCAGGCAAUGGUGGAAAACAAUUAA